GAUGAUAGGAAGGGGCCGAGGGAGUGGUGCACUCAGCAAGGUGAGGGCUUGGUGUAACGGGAGAGAAAGAUGCAGGUGUCUGGCACCAGGCACUUUUCUCAACGACGACAGGACCUAAUGGUGGGCACAGUCAAAAUGUCGACACACACUGCUCGAGAGAAAAAGCACAACCUUCGAUGCCUGCUACUACUUCUGACCACGUGGUCAACGUCCAUCAUGGGCACCAGUCCUCAGGAUCAUGAGAUCGUACCUGGCACCUUCCCCGAGGGCUUUGCAUUCGGUGCUGCCACCGCCGCCUAUCAGGUGGAAGGAGGAUGGCAAGACGACGGUAAGGGCCCCAGUAUAUGGGAUGUCUUCGUGCAUGCUCCUGGUCACAUCACCAACGGGCACACUGCCGACGUUGCCGACGACAGCUACCACAAGUUCAGAGAAGACGUGCAGAUGCUGGUGAAGCUAGGGGUAACACAUUACCGCUUCUCCAUCGCCUGGACACGUCUGAUGCCCAACGGCACGUCAAGCUCAAUCAACCAGCGAGGGAUCGAGUACUACAAUGACGUCAUUAACGAGCUGCUGGCCCACAACAUCCAGCCGUUUGUGACGUUGUAUCACUGGGACCUGCCGCAGGCCCUGCAGGUGGAAGGCGGCUGGCUUAACUCAACCAUCGUCAACCACUUCCGGGACUACGCCGACCUCUGCUUCCGGACGUUUGGCGACAGGGUAAAAAUGUGGAUAACGUUUAAUGAGCCGUUCAUCUUUCUGUGGAACGGAUACGUGGCUGGAACAUUUGCUCCAGGUGUACAACAGAGCAACGCACUCUUUCUUGGCGCCAACAUCAUCAUCAAGUCGCAUGCUGCCGUCUACCAUUUGUACGACACCCGGUAUAGGGCUACCCAACAGGGUCAGGUGGGCAUCACGCUGGACAGCGAGUGGUACGAGCCUAAAGACCGGAACAAAUCGUCGGACGUCACUGCGCAGGCGCGCGCCAUGUCCUUCCGGCUCGGGCUUUUCGCCAGCCCGCUGUUGACGGGAGACUACCCUGACGAUGUCAAGACCGCGUUGCAGGUGAAUGCGCAAAGGCUGGGAGUCACAUCACCCCUACCUCCUUUCUCCCAAGAGGAGAAGAGGAGCAUCACAGGCAGCCUGGACUUCCUUGGACUCAACCACUACAACACUAUGCUUGUGGCGGACACUAACUCUACCUCUACGUUUGGUAUCGACUUGACAACAGAUACAAGCUAUCCCAGUCUAGCUUAUCGGACAGAUACAGGUUCUGAGAACGACUACCAGCGUCUCAUGGGAUUCGGCUUGCGCAAGCUGCUGAACUACAUCCGCACCACCUACAACAACCCUGUGGUGUACAUCACUGAAAACGGCUACAAGGGCUGCGGCACGAUGAAGGACGAGAAGCGCAUUGAAUACAUUCGAGAAUACAGCAACAAUGUCUUGAAAGCAAUACGAGACGGAUGUGACGUCAGAGGCUACUUCGUGUGGAGCCUGAUGGACAACUUCGAGUGGACUUCCGGCUACACAGUCAGGUUUGGAUUGUACUACGUGGAUUUUCGGAAAGACUCCAGGCCUCGCUACCCCAGGUCUAGUGCCGACUUCUACUCGCUGCUAGUCAGGGAGAGAGGCUUCACCCCCGCCGUCAUGGACUUCCGGGCAUAUCCUGCUGACCGGGACACCUUUCUGUACGACCAUUUCCCGCGCAACUUCUCGUGGGGCGUGGCCACCUCGGCCUACCAGGUGGAGGGCGCGUGGAACGAGGACGACAAAGGCCCCAGCAUCUGGGACACGUUUGUUCAUCACGGUAACCACAUCGCCAACAAGGACACGGGCGACGUGGCCUGCGACAGCUACCACCACAUCGCUGACGACGUGCAGAUGCUCAAAGAGCUAGGGGUGCAGCACUACCGCUUCUCCAUCGCCUGGAGCCGCAUCCUGCCAGACGGCACACCCGAGUCUCUAAACACCUUAGGGGUUAAAUACUACAACGACCUCAUCGACGCUUUGGUGGCCAACAACAUCCAGCCCAUGGUCACCCUGCAUCACUGGGACCUGCCGCAAGCCCUGCAGGACCGUGGCGGCUGGAGAGAUGACGCCAUCAUCGACCACUUCAACGACUACGCUCGUGUCUGCUUUGAACAGUUUGGAGACAGGGUGAAACUGUGGAUUACAUUCAACGAACCCUUCGAAGUUUCCUGGUCUGGUCACGGAAACGGCCAAUCCGCACCUGGCAUCCACGACCCCGGGGUGGGCGUGUACACAGUGGCCCACAACAUCAUCCGCUCCCACGCCAAGGCCUUCCACACCUACGACACCCACUUCCGCCACGUCUACAAGGGAAAGGUCGGCAUCACGCUGAACAUCGACUGGAAGGAGCCGAUGACGACGAGUGAAGAGGACGAGUUGGCGGCGGAGCGCGCCAUGAUGUUCAAGCUGGGGUGGUUCGGCAACCCCAUCUACGGCGACGGCGACUACCCCGAGGUGAUGAAGCGCGUGGUGGCCGAGAAAAGUCAGCGACAGGGACUGACCACCUCGCGCCUGCCCACCUUCACCGCGGCGGAGAAGAGACUGAACAGAGGUGCCUACGACUUUCUGGGUAUCAAUCACUACACCACCCACCUGACCAGCAACAAACAAAAGCCCAGCUUGAACGCCAGUUAUGACAAUGACCAGGACAUCGACACCCAUGUCGACCCCUGCUGGCCAGGUGUCGGCAAUGCCUGGCUGUGGGUUAACCCUUGGGGUCUGCGAAACGUCCUGCGCUGGGUGCGAGAUCGUUGGGGAAAUCCUCCUGUCUACAUCACCGAGAACGGCCGGCCAGACAUCGAGGGUCCUCAUGACAUCGACCGCAUCUACUACCAUCGUAACUACACCAACGAGCUCCUGAAAGCUAUAAAGCUGGAUGGAUGUGAUGUUCGUGGAUACACUGCCUGGUCCCUGAUGGACAACUUCGAGUGGACAUCUGGGUACUCCGAAAGGUUUGGCCUGUAUGCUGUGGACUUCAACAACCCCAACCGUACCCGCAGCCCCAGAGAAUCAGUCACUUUCUUCAGGGAGCUUAUUCAAGAGAAUGGUUUUGUCAAAAGCUGAACAUUAUCAGCUUGUGGUCUAUAGCAUGAACAUUUUUUCCAAUAAAAAUGUGUUUAAGACAACAA